AUGUCCACAGGCAUGAGGACGGUAGACCAUGGUGAGGUGGCCCCUGGGGCCCCCCAGCCCACCCACAUCGACGUGCACAUCCACCAGGAGUCAGCUUUGGCCAAGCUCCUGCUGAGUGGGUGCUCCCUGCUGCGGUCCCCCUCCCAGACCCUGGGCAGCAGGCGGCUGCUGGUGGCCUCCUGGGUGGUGCAGAUCGUGCUGGGGGUGUUCAGUGGGGUCCUGGGAGGAUUCCUCUACUUCUUCUACUCCCCACUGUGUAACUUGGGAGCUGCCAUCUGGACAGGGGUUGUGGCUGUGCUGGCUGGAGCCGUUGCCUUCAUUUAUGAGAAACAGGGUGGCUUCUACUGGGCCCAGCUGAGGACACUGCUCGCCCUGGCAGCUUUCUCCACGGCCACUGCUGCUGUCGUCCUUGGGGCUGAUAAUUUCUAUGAGUAUCGCUUUCAUUUUAGAGACUAUAUCUGUGAUAUCUCUCCCUCGGGAAGCUGGCCCACCAUGCCCCCCCACACUCCAAGUCCAGAAGAAGUCAGAAGGCUGCACCUGUGCCUCUCUUACUUAAACAUGCUAAAGGCCCUGUUCAUAAGCGUUUGGGCCACGCUGUUGGGUGUCUGGGUUCUGCUCCUUCUGGCAUCUCUGGCCCCCCUGUGUCUGUACUGCUGGAGAAGACUCCGACCUAAGGAGAAAAGAGACCAGAAGAAACUGCUGGGAGUGAGUGAGAUCUAG